AUGUUUAUUCUAUGUCAAUUUACUGCAAGACGAAAUACACCACCACGUCUUGUUGCACUUAUUCCACAAGCUGAAGAAAUAAAUAAAAAAGAUCCGAGUGAUCGUAUAGCAUCGAAUGGUUUUCAUGUACAUUAUUUACCAUAUGCUGAUGAUAUACGAACUUUACCAAAGAAUGAUAUACCACGUAUAACCGAUGAUAAAGUUGAUGUAUUUAAAAAUAUAAUUCGUGGUCUAAAAUUUAAAUAUCGUCCUGAUAGAUUCGAAAAUCCUGCUCUACAAACAUUAUGGAGAAAUAUUGAAGCAACAGCAUUAAAUAAAGAUAAACCAGAAGAAUUCGACGAUUUAACUAUUCCAAAUGUAGAAAAUCAAAAUAAAAAAGUUGAUAAAUAUACUACAGAAAUUAAACAAAUGUUUUUCCCACCGGAUUAUGUUAUGGGUGUGACAAAACGAGCAGCAACUAAACGAAAGGCUGAAACAGCUGCCACAUCAACCAGUGAAAAAAAAAGAAAACCGGAUGAUGAUGUUAAUGUUGAAGCUGCUGCACGCAAUAAUUCAUUAAAUAAAUUAACCGUACCGAUAUUAAAAGAUUAUUGUAAAGAAAAGAAUUUAAAAGCAACUGGAACAAAAAAACAAGAUUUAAUUGAUGCUAUAGAAAAGCAUCUUAGUAUUACUACAUAG